AUGAUAUCUCGCUUGAGGAAGAUGCUGAGAGGAAAGUGGGUUGGUUGUUGAAACUCAUCUUCAUAGGAACUGCAUCAGUUGUUGCUUACCAGUUCUUUCCUUACAUGGGCGAUAAUCUGCUGCAACAGUCCAUCUCACUUUUGCUUGUCAAGGAUCCCUUGUUUAAAAGAAUGGGAGCAUCCAGAUUGGCUCGUUUUGCAGUUGAUGAUGAAAGGAGGAUGAAAGUGGUAGAAAUGGGUGGAGCUCAAGAACUUCUGAAUAUGCUUGAGGCUGCACAAGAUGACAAAACACGCAAACAAGCCCUGAAAGCUCUUGUUGCUCUUUCGCACUCUG